UUAACACAACAUAAAAUAUCAGCACACAAGAGUGAACAGAGUUUUGAGUGUCGUAUCUGCGAGAAAACAUUCACACAACGAAAAAGUCUCAAACGUCACUGGAGAUUACAUUCAAGAGGUGGAUUAUUGUUGUGCAACACUUGUGGCAGAGAAAUCAGUCAGUCACAAGAACAAGGACAUCCUAAUCAGAUACUGAGUUUUGAUAAUUUUAAGUGCGAUAAAUGCAACAAACGGUUCCCUGAUAUUCACAGUUUCAAUCAGCACAAGGCCAAAGAGCAAGGUACAUUCUACCAAUGUGAUGUCUGUAAGGAAUUGGAAGCAAGAGAAGCAACUGGUAUUGGUUAUAUCUGUUGUGUCUGUGAUGCAGAGUUUGAAAUUGCAACUGAACUUGAAGAUCAUGCGAAUACACAUGACAAUAUGCUUCCCCAGGCAAGAUAA